AUGGAAACAAGAUGGAGUUUGAGAAGGAGAGGAAAUCCCCCGAAUGAGCUUGGCUUGGGGAGCAACGAAACCAAAGAGAAGGAGGAUAUAAGCACCAACAGAGGAAGCACCAACGAAGAGAGUAUGAACAAAGGAAGUAUGACCAAGGCAAGCACGAAAAAGGAGAAUGCAAACAGCAAAGAGGGCGUGGCCAGCAGGAAAUGCGUAAAGGAGCAGAAUACAGUUCAGCCUAAGGGAGAAAGGAACAAGAAGAACAUCCAGAGUGAGAAGAAUAGGAAGAAUUUAAAAGGUCACGUUACAUCUAAACAUGAAAAUGAGGAAGGUGGAGUGGAAACUGAAGUAGAGGCUGAAGUAGAAGCUGAAGUAGAAGCUGACGUGGAAGCCGAACCCGUAGAGCCGGAUAAAUCUCCCAAAAAAGGAAAUAAGACAACUAAGGAAAAUGGAAAGGGCAAGAGCAAAAUAAUUUCAGUGAGAAAAUCGUGCGAAGAAAUGACUUCAAAUACAUUGGAAGAUGCAGAAAGUGAAUACACAGAUGCAACUUUGUUGUGUAAUAGAAGAAAUAAGAAUAAAACAAAAACAAACUCAAUGUCUUUGAGGAGGCAAAGAAGUAGUAGUACUUAUGAGAAUAUUUUUGCAAAUUAUACGAAUCAAUCUUCUGAGGGAAAUACAAGAAUGAGAAGCAGAAGGGUUCAAAAUGUGACAGGAGGAACAUCUGAAAGUAUGCCUGAACGUGUAAAGGAUGAGGAGGAGGAGGAGGAGGGUGACAUAGAUGAUAACAUACAUCGAAAGGGAAAUCAAAGUAAAUUAAACGAAUCUACACAUUCAAGCACAACCGUUAAAAAAGAAAACGAUAAGGACAGUAAUAGAGAUAUUCCAAGACGACUCGAUGGAAGAAGUAGAAAAGGAAGUAUUGUAAAGGGAAAAAGCGUACAGAUGGAAACGGAAUCAAAUGUGAAUUCUCCAGAUGCACGCAAGGCCAAGGGGCAUAAUGAUUCAUCUUUUGUAGACUUGACAAAUGCAAACGGAAGAGAGAAAAAUGUGACAGUUUUGAAAAAAACAAAAAGGACGAAUCAAUCAGUGAAGUUGAAAAUGGACAAGGAUAUACAAAUAAAUCUGCUACAUAAGAAGAGUGAAAGCAUGGCAUCUUCAAUUGGUGUUCCAAGCAGUUCCAUUUUGGAGGAUACUACUUCCUAUCCGAUGGGCCUGAAGGGGGAGGUAACAAUGGAAGAAGAAGAAGAAGAAGAAGAAGCAGAUCCAGAAGCAGAUGUAGAAGCAGAUGCAGAUGUAGAAGCAGAUGCAGAUGUAGAAGCAGAUGUAGAAGCAGAUGCAGACGCAGAUGCAGAAGCAGAUGUAGAAGAAGGGGGAGAAAAAAGAAAAAACAGUGAAUCGAAGUGCAAAAGGAAAAAAGCAUGCAACAGUAGCAGUAGUAGCAAUGUCGAAGGGAAGAAUCGUUUUGAUACAAUCCCACGUGGAAGAGACAAGAAUAUACAAGGGGAAAGAAGAGGAAGUAAUAUCUCAAUGAAUAGAAGUGUCAAAAGAAGGUUGUCUCAAAUACUAGAUGUGAUGAAGAAGAAGGAGAUAUUUCAGUUUAUUGUUGAUAAAGAUGAGGAAGAUGUGAGAAUUUGUUAUGAAGGAGAGUUGAUAGGAGUCCCGAAUAUCCAAACUGUGGAUGAUAGUAAAGGGUUACGUAGGAGGAAGAAGGAUGAAGAAACUAUUGAUAUGAACCAAGACAAGCAUAAGAAUACUCCAUUUUUACAAAAAGUGAACAUAGAAGUGAUUUACAACAAACUGCACUAUGAUAUGUACAAAGAUGAAGAUGAGUACCACAAAGAUAUGUUCCUAAUUUUUGAAAGAAUUAAAGAAGAAAUUGAAUCUGAGAAAGAUCUUAAGACAAAACAGAACAUGUUUGAAAAAAGACGUAACGCUUUAAAGAUAUACGAAGGUGAAUUUUACAAAUUUCUAUUAUCUAUGAGAGGAACAAAAGAGGCUAAAAAAUUUUGUAGCACUCAGAAGGUUUUGCGUAUGAAGGAGGAGAAGUAUUUUUCACAACUUUUUAUGCAGAUGAAGAAAAAAAAGAUGAAGGAGGGCGAGAAGAAGGAAGAUAAGACGAAAGAAGGUAAGACAAAAGAAGAUAAGUGUUCUUUCAUAUCACAACCUGAUGUGAGUGCAAGUAGAGCAAAUUGUAUGAAAAAUAGAAAGGAAGGAAAAAACAAAAAGGGUGAUAAGAAGCUUUCCCGGUCAAGAGAAACUAUCCGAUCUGUUGAGGAGGAUGGUGAGUGUUCGCUGAACAGCAGUAUUGAGGAGAAGACAUUACUUAAUGAAGUAUCAUCAUCACUUGUAACCGCAUCAAACGAACAUGCCUUUUCGAAUAAGGAACGGAAUUCAUCUCUCAGCAUUUGUGAAAGAGAAGAUGACGAUGGUAAGAAGAAACCCAUUAAAAGGAUUAAUUCUCCACUCAAGUUGAGAUUGCGUUUGAGUAGUAUUUCUUUAGAAGACGAUGUGUCAGUAAGUAAAGGGAAUGAGGAUAUGCGAAUAGCAGAUACAAACCUAAAGAUGAUUGGUAAAAGUUGUGAAAAUUCUUCAGAAAUGGAUGGAAGACAAACAGGUUCUGCUGCACAGAAGAGAAUGCAACUACCUAUUGUUCAGGAGAUGGGGGUGGAACAUUUAAUGAGGAGAGAGAACAAAACGAAAUUGAAUAAUGGAGAAACGGAGCAGAACUUAUCAGAUUGGAGGAAGAACUUACCUGAUUCGAAGAAGAACUUAUCUGAUUCGAAGAAAGGAUGGAACAGUAGAGACCAAAAGGAGUGGGAAAAAACAGCAAGAGAUAAGAUCUUGAAGGUUCUGAUAGGAGAUAACAAGAACGCAUUUUAUUUUAUGAAACCAGUUCUGGAAGAUAAGAAUUUAAGCGACAAAAUAAAGAAUGAAUAUAAAAUAAAAAUUAAAAAACCCAUGGAUUACAGGACAAUAUCGAAAAAUCUAUCUCAGGGUAUUUACAAAAAGCCUAUAGAAUUUUAUCAGGAUAUGAAAUUAAUUUAUCAAAAUUGCUUUGAAUUCAAUCCGGACAUAUCUCAGAAUCAGUACAUAAUAGAUGCAGCAAAAUAUAGCCAAGAAAAAUUUGAAACUUUGUGGGCAAAAUGGAAGAAAUUUUUUUUCCAAAAUUUGAAUGAAGACAACUUGUUGAAUCAGAAAAAUUUGGAGAAAAACAAUGAAACUGAAAUUCGUCCAUUUAAUGUAGCAAAUUAUGUAGAUUUUUUCAAAAAAAUCAUAAAGAAAAAAAAAAAAAAAAAAAAAUUCAGUUCCAUUUAUUGUCUCUGGAUUGAUUAUCUUAUAAAGAACCAAGUGAGCUUUAAGCAGUUUUGCGUGGAGAGAAACAUAAACUGGGAGGUUCUAAAUGCAAAAUCAAAGUCGAAGGUCCUGAAUGUGCAAAAUGUCAAUUUUCAAAGAUUUAAGAAGUUUAAUAAAAGCACUUUGCUGUUUCAUGUGUUCAAGGAGGAUUACAGUGCUGUGUUGAGGGAUCGCCCCAAGGAGGUGAAGAGGUUGGCCAAGAAAAAGGUAGAAGUGGAAAAGUUAGAUGUGGAGAAGAUAGAAGCAGAGAAGAUAGAAGCAGAGAAGGUAGAGACGGAGAAGAUAGAAGCAGAGAAGGUAGAAGCAGAGAAGGUAGAGACGGAGAAGAUAGAAGCAGAGAAGGUAGAGACUGAGGAGGUAGAUGCAAUAUCGGACGAAGGGCACAUGUUGGAGGAAGUUGCUUGGGGAGGAAAUGCAGCUACAGGAGAGGAACUAACUGUACUCGAUAAGAAGGAAUCGAAAUUAAAAAUUGUCUUGAGGAGGAGGAGGGAUUAUGGUAAGAGCAAGCAGGAGCAACACAAAGGCAAGAUGCAGGAAAAAAAGGAGUCGUUGAAGAAACAGCCAUUCAAGCCAUUUAUAAGGAAGAAGAGGAGAAUUGACAACGUUAUUUUUUUUUAUGAAAAUGUAUUUGAUAGUUAUUUGCAUGGAAAAAGGAGUUGCAUGGUAAAGUGUGCGAGGAAUGUGUUUCUGACCGAUUGUGUUUACUAUCGAAAUGUUUUACAAAGCCUGGAAGAGUUCAUGCAAGACUCCUCCGGUGGUGUGAAAGCGGCGAGAGUGAACUCAUCAGUAGAUGCAGUGAGGGAAGUGGACGUUCUGAUGAGAAUCCAAAAUGAAGUUUCAACAAACAUGGUAAUCAUAAGUAUUCUAAAGAAGAAGACCAUCUAA